AUGCGUAUUCAUGCUAGAUGCGUGAGAUUGGACAACGUUAUCAUUUCGGGGAUCCUGAAGACAGCAGAUUCACCAGAAAUACGACGAGCAGCAGAGGCCGGACAUGAGCAGCUGCAAAACGCUACGUUCUUGGCAGUUUUCCUCACUAAGGAGUCUUCAUUAGUAUCUUUGUGGACACCAACGUUUCCCAGGACCCCGGCCGAGAUGGAAUCGGAAGAGCAGCAGCGAGUGGCGGCUCUGGAGCGGUACAUGGCCUCGCUGGCCGCCAUCAACCCCUCAUGGAGUGACCUGGACAAACUGAAGCCUCGGACAGUUUCACAGGACGAGAGGCGCCCGAGGGAGGUGGUUGAGAUCCACUCGAGCCCCGGCUUCGGGAGAUACCUGGUGGCGUCGCGGAACAUCGCAGCCGGCGAGGUUGUGUUCCGCGAGGCGCCCUUGGUGGUGGCUCCCAAGGCGGGUUCCGGCGCCUCCUGUCUGUCGUGUCUGAGGCCCCUGCAGGACAGGGAGUGGCUGAGCGUCCUUUUGACGCCCAUCAGGACGAUAUUGCUGAUGAAGAAGGUGCCGGCCGUCAGGGAGGUCAUUGCCGCCUUGCAGAGCCACGCUGAGGAGAGGCGGAGGCUCCCCAUCGGCCGCUUCGUGGAGGAGCAUGUCGCGAAGGUGCUGAGGACGCGCCUGAGCCUCUCCGUCGACAGCGACAUCGUGCAGCACUUGUGCGGCAUUUUCGAUACCAACGCCUUCGAGUUCAGCGACGGCGACAUUCGCGGCCGCGCCCUCCUGCCCGGCGGCGCCCUCAUGAACCACUCGUGCACGCCCAACACGCAGCACUGGUACAGGAACGGUGUCAUGACUGUGCGAGCCGUGGUGGACAUCCCCGAGGGCGCCCCCGUCACCAACACCUACACAAACACCCUCUGGGGCACCCGAGCCCGAGGCGCCCACCUCAGCACCUCGAAGCUCUUCACGUGCAGGUGCGAGCGAUGCCUUGACCCCACGGAGCUGGGGUCUCACAUCAGCUCCGUCCUGUGCCGGGGCUGCAGCGACGGCCUUCUGCUGCCUCCCUCGGACUGCCGCGCCGACUGGGAGUGCCAAGCCUGCGGCAAGAGUGUCUCUGCGAGCGCGAUAGAGACCCUGCUGCGUGCUGGAGGAGUGGCCCUUGGGCGCCUGCCGAUCGGAGACGCCGCUGCUGUUGCUGCUGCCCUCAGCCACCUCCGUCGGGUCCUCGGGAACACGCACUACAUAGUCGUGGAACUCAAGUAUGCACUCGUCCAAGCUCUCAUGGCGACCCCUCUUGAAGGUAAACACUCGAAGUCUUCUACUUCGACAUAG